GAAUGCCAAAUGUUUAAUUUGCUCACAUGAAUCAAUCUAAAUUACCAAUUGCAAGAUGAGGCAGUGCAAAGAGUGCACAGAGUCUCCUUCUUUGCCUCUUCAUCCCCAAUUUUCUCCAAAUCCCCCACCCCCUACUCUUCCCCUCUAUCCGCAAAAUGUCAGACUCAAAUGGGGUGAAUAUCUCAACAACAUUUGGCUUAAGGAGGCCAGCCAAGCUGUUGUGCUCAGAGAGACAACUCUGCCCCUCUACGAGAGACUUCUUGCUAAUAAGGAAGUGCAAGUUCUCCUGCAAGGAGGCUACAACAGCCUUGUGCUGGCAAAUUCUUCACUGCCAGACUAUGAGCCUAAACCACCGUCUGCUGCACAGCAACUUCAUCAUGUAGAUACCUUGCUUGCUGCUCAGGGACAAAUGGCAAGGUCAUCUUCUGCCAAGCCACAUUUCUCUACACUGCUGCAUAAGAGGCUACUGUUGCUUCAGAGAUAUUUCCAUGCUUUAGCUCGGGUCUACCACGCUCCUGAUCUGCCUAUUGCAAAUCAUCAGAGUUCAUCCCCUGAUGAUGUGGGCUCCUCGACCCGCCCUGCGGGCUCAUUCGCAGGCUGCAUAGACCCUGCGUCGCUACCUGCUGCCCGCAUCACCAGCUCUAAUGUGUAUAAUUCAGGCUCCAGAAUGCCAUCAUCGCAGNACUUGGUCACCAGCAUAGCCCUGCAGAGAGGAUCGCUGCGUUACUUGCUGCAUUGGAUGCAUCUUGCGCUCACACCUUCCCCAGCACAUCAACAACAAGGAGCCACAACAAUCAACCGUGCAUUUCUGGAAGAUGCCAUUUCCUUCAUAGACUCCGUAGGCUCAGUACCGAAGCAUAAAACUACAGAUCACAAACCUACGGAGACUGUGAACGCUGCAGAAGAGGUGGCGGCCGCUGCUGCUUCCUAUUCUGCAGCGACUGACAACCGACACGAGCCUUCUACAUCGUCAGGAACAUCUUUUGAUGUUCAGAAGUUUGCAGCUGCCGCGGUGUCGCAAGUAAAUCGUCUUAGAAGAGACCCAAAUGAGGGACUAGGUGCUGCUUAUACAGCUGGUGGAGAAGGAUAUUCCAGCUAUCUCAUUCAACAAGCUGUUAAACAUCUGGCUUCCGUGUCACAACAUAAACCUGCAGGUCACAAUCAAGCUGAAAUUAAUCUCCAUUUGAACAGAGCAACUGGUUAUGAUAAUAAAACCUGCUCUGAUAAAUCAAAAACACCUGUUGUAUCUCUACAAAGCCCCACUCAACCAGAAACUUCUGCCCAAACUUCUGUUGCUGCAGAGACUGCUAAACACGAGUCAACAGAUGGUAGAUCCUCGAAGCUGCUGUCACUCCUGUUAUCCAAGAGUCAACAGAAAGAAGACGAGCUGUUAUCGCUACAUGAAGCUGCCAUGAUGCUUAUGCAACGAAUCUGCGCCCUAUCAUUGGAAUACACUGCCGCUUGCUGCGAAGAGACCGUAGAAGUUCCCUCAAACUCGGCAGUGACUAAGACAGGAAAUUCUGCAGUCGACGAAAGCGGGAUCAUAAUUCAGGAUAAAGCUCCUCAUUGCAGUGACACAUCCGAUGACUCCAUGGUUCCAACCCAGGCUCCAACCAUCAGUGUCUGCAUGGACUCCAGAGAAGCUCUUGCAGACGCGAGAGCAUCUCAAUGUCUUCUGGACUCAGGAGCAUCACAGCCUCUUGCAGACUCAGAAGAAUGGCAAGCUCUCGAAAACUCAGGACCAUCACAGGCUCUUGAAGACUCUGGACCAUCACGAGCUCUUGAAGACUCUGGACCAUCACAAGCUCUUGAAGACUCGAGAGCUUACACAUUAGAGGAAGAGGUCGCGGCUUAUCUUGCAGUGGAAUUACCAAGCUUCAGCUCAAUGGCUGAAGCUUGGACUGGCCUAAAACGUAGAAGUGAAAUACGACGUUACAGAUCCUCCGUUUGUUCGUCUAGCUUAAGAAACGUGUCCCUCUCCGACGUGGAUACUGAGAGCUCAACCUCGGCCCGUGGCAUGAAUACUGAUAGCAAAAUGAAUACUGAUGGGGAAAUGAAUAGUGAUGGCAAAAUGAAUACUGAUGGGGAAAUGGUAGUGUAUGUGUGGGGCAGCAACUCCUCUCACCAGCUCGCCGAGGGGAACCACGAAAAAGUUAUUCAGCCUAAACUCACCUCCGCAUUUGGAACAAUCAAGCAGGCAGAGGCAGGGCACUACUGCACGUUCCUGGUGGGGGAGACCGGCCAGGUGCAGGCGUGUGGUAAGGGCAGCUAUGGCAGACUAGGUCUUGGUGACUCAAAUAACCAGACCACACCGCGACCCUUGGUCUUCCCAGACCACGCCAAGAUAGCAUCAGUGUCUUCAAGCAACGGCAGCGAUGGGCACACGCUCGCCCUGUCCAAGGACGGGGCGGUCUAUUCCUGGGGAGACGGUGACUAUGGGAAGCUGGGUCACGGUAACACAGUUACGGUGAAGGUACCACGUCUGGUGGGUGGCCCACUGAGCGGGCGUGUGGUUGUCUGCGUGUCUGCAGGCUACAGACACUCUGCCUGCGUCACGCGUGACGGCGAGCUCUACACCUGGGGCGAGGGAGACUAUGGCAGACUCGGACACGGUGACUGCUGCAGCAGGUAUGGCCCCACGCCCGUGAGAGGUCUCAGCGCCGUCAGCAGCGUCGUCUUUGCAGAACGCAGUAAGGCUGGCGCUGUUAGUGGCACGGACGCCCUUGUGGAGCUCGGUGUCCAGGCUGGUCUUGCCUUGCUGUUCUCGCUCCUGGAGGAGGGCUGGCGGCAGCAGAAGGCGACUGGAGUGUGGAAGUGCAGCGCUGCUACAGCGUCACUUGCAGCAAGUGUUCGAUGUGAGCUGCCGGCUGCUGGCCCUCACCACCAACCUCAUCACUGGGGCGAGGGAGACUAUGGCAGACUCGGGCACGGUGACUGCUGCAGCAGGUAUGGCCCCACGCCCGUGAGAGGACUCAGCGCCGUCAGCAGCGUCGUCUGUGGCAGCACGCACACCCUCGCCCUGUCUGCUGACGGACGAACCGUCUGGUCAUUUGGGUCCGGAGAUCAAGGGAAGCUGGGGCACGGCGACAGCAAUAAAUCUUACCGUGUGUGGUCGUGGGGCAACGGACCGUGUCUGGGGCUGGGCAUCUUAGAAACCCUGGUGCCGCGGCCCAUCGUGCAGCUCAAACCUCACCGCAUCGUGGACAUCGCGGCUGGAGACUCGCAUGUGCUUGCGCUCUCUCACGACUCUCAGGUUAUUAUUAUUUAUAAUCAGCGCCUAAUGUCCUGUCACCGGCCGUUCUGCGUAGACUUGGACUGCAGCACGUUUUCCUUGCUGCGUUCGUUCCUGAGCACCUACUGCAAGUUCGGUCCUCUACCUCAGCCUCAGCCUCCCUUCACUUCCAUCCAGAGACAGCAGGAGUUCGUGUCGCUGGUGCUGCAGCUGCUCAACAGUCACUUGUCCCUCGCCCUCACCGCCGGCAAGACGCAUCACUUGCUCGGCUCUGAAGCAUCGCUUCUACGACAGCUCCUCUACAGACUGAUCGACACGCCGCUACCAGCCCCCCUAGAGGCGGGUGUGUGUACAGCCCUGCGCUGUCCUCUGCUGCUGCCUGCUCUGCCUCGCCGUCUGCAGCUCCUGCGCGCCCUCCUCCCCCGACGCCCUCAAGCCUGGAAGCUCCUCACCAGGGGCCAGCGCUUGCAGCUGAGCAUCCUACUGGUAAGCUUGAAGGAGCAGCAGCACGUGGCAGCGGUGCUUGGUGUCUCUCCUUCAUCCCAACGUCCUGAAGAGGCCAACGCUGAGGCCACACAAGGCGAACCCACGAAGCCUUCAACUUUGUUCGCAUUUGUGGCCCCGAACCUGGCGAGCUCUGAGGCUGCGGAGAACGAGAAGACUUUCCUGGAUUAG